AAUGCGUAUCACGUGAGUUCGAGAAAAAGUCAGGAAGCAGACAAUCACAAACAAUUUCUUGCAAAAUAUCAAAUGUAUUAACUGCAGUUAACGCGAUUUAGGCUUUUGUUAUCAUGGAGUCGACCCUCGAGCUACAUCUUGAUGAUACCAUGAAAAAUCCAGCCAUUAUCGGAGUUCUCUGCACCGACCAACAGGGACAUAUUCUAGGCUGUCGUGGCUCUCUGUCUGAUGAGCAUGGUGGAGUGGUGUCUGUACUGGCCAGACAGGUAGCCUCUCUCACCAAAGACCCUACAGACAUCCCCACAGUGUGUCUGGAGUCAGAUUCAGGGAAUAUUCUAGUGAGAGCACAUGGAACUGUCACAGUAGCUGUUCAUAAGAUGUCGUCAUGAAGUCGGCUGAUGAAGAUGGAGGAGUCUGUUUCUGUUUGUAAAGCUGUUUGUUCACUAACGCUAAAUAAUCCCACACAAUACUGCCCUACCAAGCAAAAAGGCAGUAACUGCUUGGAACUGAGAAAAAUUGCUUUUAUUUACCUUGGUUUUUGCAGUUACUGCAAACAUAACCCCCAUUUCCUCCAACACACAAUACAAUGGAGGCAGGAUACUUGUCUACAUGAUUAAGCAUGUACUUAAUGUAGCAAAAAUUACAUCAACUCAUUUUUGACCAAAUGAGCAGUUACUGCCGUUUUGCUUGUGAGGGCAGAAUACAUUAUCUGGAUCUAGGAGGUCACAUGCAGGUGUUAGAAGAUUCCAUUUCUUCAACUGUCUGUUUGGCCACGAGUCAUAUUUAAAAGUCGACUCCAUACUAUUUGAGUUAUGUUUUGUGUAAGUUAAUAGGUCUGAUUAGUUUUUGUAUCAAUAUUUGUUGACCUGGCAAUUACUUUUGGGACAUUUUUAAUCUGCAAUCAUGUCUGAUUUCAAAUUCCUGUAGAGAUAUUGUAUUCAUAUUAAAAGCAAUGUAACAUCAA